AUGGUCCUGAUCCUUUCCCCAGUCUGUUGCAAGGUCUUUAAGAUCGGUCUGGUGGGGCCUUGGUCCUGCAACUCCUUCUUUUCCAACACCUUUCCCCAAGUGGCUGCUCAGUUAGCCAUGGAGAGAAUCAGGAAAGAUCUCUCUAUCACUGCUGUCCAUCAAAUGGAUUACGUAGUGUUCGAGGAAGAUUGCCAGACUUGGAAAGCAAUUGCUAGAUUUGCUGGCUCCACCGAGCAUCUGUCAGCAUUCAUAGGACCUCUGAAUCCUGGCUACUGUGACACUGCUUCAUCGCUAACCAGAGGCUGGAAUAAAACCAUGUUAUCUUGGGUUUGCCUAAAUGACGAACUGGAUAAUCCAAUUCACCACCCAACAUUUGCAAGAACUUUGCCUUCUUCAGCUACUGUCCUCCUCACCGUGUUGAGAUAUUUUAGCUGGGCUCAGGUCGGCAUCGUCUCUUCCAAAGAAGACCUUUGGGUGGACACAGCCAAUAAGCUAGCAAGUGCUCUCAGAAGCCAUGGGCUACUUGUGGCUAUUGUUGCCUCCACAGGGACGGAAGCAGGAAUUGUAGAAGAGACUUGGACAAAGAUUCAAGCUGCUGGAAACGUCAAAGUCCUGGUUCUCUGCAUGCCUUCUGCUCUCAUUGGAGGGGAAGAUCAAGCUACUUUCCUAAGCAAAGCCCAGGAACUGGGGCUGACCAACGGCAGAUACGUCUUUGUGCCCUACGAUACUCUGUUCUACAGCCUGCCAUACGGGAACCAUUCAUAUUUUCUUCUUGAAAAUGAUGACACCUUCCGGGAGGCUUAUGACGCUGUGCUGACAAUUACUUUGCAGUCUGGAGAAAGGACUUUUUACGAAGCCUUCCGGGCAGCCAAGAAAAAGGGUGAAAUAACAGUGGAUUUGGAACCAGAACAGGUCACUCCACUUUUUGGGACAAUCUACAAUGCCAUUUACCUGGUCGCCAAAGCUUUAGCCAAGGUAGCCCAGCCCGAGACUUCUGAACUCUCUGGAGCAACGUUGAUUCAACAUGUCAGAAAUUUCGACUUUGCCGGCUUCAGCCACAGGAUACAGGUCGACAGCAAAGGAAGGCCACUGGCCAGAUACGUUAUUCUGGACACGGAUGGCAAGAAAAGUCACCUCUUCCCCACUUACGUGCUGGCUGCAUCUUCUGGCGUGAUACAGCCCCUGGGGAGGGCAAUACAUUUCCCUGGAGGGAGGUCACCCCCAGCUGAUUCGGCCUGCUGGUUUAACCCAGAUGUCCUCUGCAAGAGAGAUGACCUAUAUCCAGGGCCGCUGAUUGUGAUUUUACUACUGUUACCUCCCGUCUUCCUGCUCCUCUUCGGCUUGUACCUGGCGUACCUCAUCAGGAACAGUAACCCCAGUCGCCAAGUUGUCAAAGGAUCGCAGAAGCUAUUACUGACUUUAGAUGAUCUGACUUUUGUGAACACCAAAAUCAGUAGAAUGAGGUUAACUCUCGACAACCUCAGUGAGACCAGGAGCGGCUCAGAAGUACACAGCCUGAGAUCUGUGACCCGUUCGUUGUCGGUGAAAAGCACAACUCUUACCUAUGAAACCUCUAAUGUGGCUGUGUAUGAGGGAGACUGGGUAUGGCUGAAGAAACUGGAGACUAGAGUGACCGGUGAUCGGAGGCACCCUGCUACCUGUGUGCUCACCAAGAUGAGGGACCUACGCCAUGAAAAUGUGAACCCGUUCCUAGGUCUUUUAUCCGACACGGGUCUUUCUGCAGUUGUGAUGGAAUUCUGCUCCAGGGGAAGUCUAGAGGACUUGCUGCAAAACAUUGACAUAAAGUUAGACUGGAUGUUUAAAUCAUCUCUUUUGAUGGAUUUAAUUAAAGGAAUGAAAUACUUACACAGCCAGAAUGUCAGCCACGGGCGCCUCAAAUCCCGCAACUGUGUGGUGGACGGACGGUUUGUGCUGAAAAUCACCGACUACGGCUACGGCGAGCUCCUGGCAGCCCAGGGCAUCCGUCAGGUUGAGACCCCCCCAGAAGAAUUGCUCUGGACCGCUCCUGAAUUACUGAGAGACUCCGAGGUGGACCCCAAAGGCACCUUUAAAGGUGAUGUGUUUAGUUUUGCCAUUAUCCUGCAAGAAGUCAUUCUUCGGGGGCCCCCCUAUUGCAUGUUGGAAAUACCAGCUGAAGAGAUUAUAAGCAAGUUGAAGAUUCCCCUGCCUUUGUUUCGUCCAAGUGUUCCUCUGGAAAAUACCCCUUUGGAAUAUAUCCAGCUGAUGAAGCAGUGCUGGAGUGAAGUGCCAAAUCGAAGACCAACGUUUGACAAGGUUUUUGAACAGUUCAAAACAAUCAACAAAGGAAAACGGAUGAAUAUCAUUGACUCCAUGCUGCGGAUGUUAGAAAAGUAUUCCAGCAAUCUUGAAGAAUUAAUCAGAGAGAGAACGGAAGAAUUGGAGAUGGAAAAGCAGAAGACGGAGAAACUGCUGUCUCAGAUCCUUCCUUUGUCAGUGGCAGAAACGCUGAAAACAGGAGCCUCUGUUGAGCCAGAAUAUUUUGAAGAGGUCACCAUUUACUUCAGUGACAUCAUUGGCUUCACCACCAUGUGCACCCUCUGCGAGCCUAUUGAAAUUGUGGACCUCCUCAAUGACCUCUACACUCUCUUUGAUGCCAUCAUAGGUCACCAUGAUGUUUACAAGGUGGAGACCAUUGGUGACGCUUACAUGGUGGCGUCAGGGCUUCCGAAACGCAACGGCCACAGGCAUGCGGCUGAGAUAGCCAACAUGGCUCUGGAUAUCCUCAGUUCAGUGGGAGCUUUCAAAGUGAAACACAUCCCUAAUUUGCCUAUUAAGAUACGAAUGGGGCUGCAUUCAGGCCCGUGUGCUGCAGGAGUGGUGGGUCUCACCAUGCCCAGGUACUGUCUGUUUGGAGACACAGUGAACACGGCUUCACGGAUAGAGUCCACCGGAUUGCCAUUCAGGAUUCACAUCAGCCAAAAUACAAUGAAGAUACUUCACAAUCUUAAAGAAGGUUACAAAAUGGAUUUCAGGGGGAAGACAGAGCUGAAGGUAAGAACCAUAACCCAGCAAGUG